GAAGGCACCCAGUGCUCCCACCCGCCUGCAGGCAAGCCCGCCAUGGCGGCAGCCAAGCGCAAAGGCGGCCUGAAGCUCAACGCCAUCUGUGCCAAGCUGAGCCGCCAGGUGGUGGUAGAGAAGGGAGCAGAGGCUGGCUCCCACACUGAAGGCAGCCCCUUGCGGCCCCGGGACAAAGAGCGCAGUGGCCCUGAAUCGGGGGUGGCCCGGACCCCCCGCAGCGAAGAAGACAAGAGACGAGCAGUGAUUGAGAAGUGGGUCAACGGAGAGUACAGCGAGGAACCAGUGACCACCCCAGUGCUGGGGCGCAUCAUCCGGGAGGGCCUGGAGCAGCCCCCUGAGGGCGUCUACAUGGUGCAGCCCCAGGGCUGCAGCGAUGAGGAGGACCAUGGAGAGGAGCCCACCAAGGACAGCAGUGUCACGGAGGAGAAGGACUCAGACCGGGCAGCCACAAAGGAUGACAGUGGUCCCAAUGCCAAGCAGGCCUCUGGAGAGGCCUCCUCGCUGCGGGACUACGCGGCCUCCACCAUGACGGAGUUCCUCGGCAUGUUCGGGUAUGACGACCAGAACACCCGGGACGAGCUGGCCAGGAAGAUCAGCUUCGAGAAGCUGCACGCGGGCUCCACCCCGGAGGGGGCCGCCGCCUCCGCGCUGCCCCCCUCGGAGGACGCCCUCAGCAAGCGGGCACGCUUCUCCAAGUACGAGGAGUACAUCCGCAAGCUCAAGGCCGGCGAGCAGCUCUCCUGGCCAGCACAUGGCACCAAGGCCGAGGAGCGGACGGGCAAGGAGGUGUUGGGCCCCUUGCCUGGCCUGCGGCUGCCCAGCAGCACAACCCACUUGGAGACCAAGGCCACCAUCCUGCCCCUGCCAUCCCACAGCAGCGCCCAGAUGCAGGGCCUUGUGGCCCGUGCCUCCAAGUACGACUUCUUCAUCCAGAAGCUGAAGACGGGGGAGAGCCUGCGACCCCAGAACGGGAGCACCUACAAGAAGCCGUCCAAGUACGACCUGGAGAACGUCAAGUACCUACACCUCUUUAAGCCUGGAGAGGGGAGUCCUGACAUGGGUGGCGCCAUCGCUUUCAAGACGGGCAAGGUGGGGCGCCCCUCCAAGUACGACGUCCGAGGAGUCCAGAAGCUGGGCCCAGCCAAGGUUCCACCUGCUCCCAGCCUGACUCCUGCGCCCCUCGUCAGUGCACCCAGCGCCCCCAGCGCCCCCGGGCCUGCACCUGAGCCAGCUGCCUCCCUGCCCUUCAACACAUCCGAGUACCUGAAGUCAACCUUCUCCAAAACAGACUCCAUCACCACGGGGACCGUCUCCACUGUCAAGAACGGAUUGCCCACAGAUAAACCAGCUGUCACCGAAGAUGUAAACAUUUACCAGAAAUAUAUUGCCAGGUUCUCAGGCAGUCAGCACUGCGGCCACAUCCACUGUGCCUAUCAGUACCGCGAGCACUACCACUGUCUGGACCCCGAGUGCAACUACCAGAGGUUCACCAGUAAGCAGGACGUGAUCCGGCACUACAACAUGCACAAGAAGCGUGACAACUCCCUGCAGCACGGCUUCAUGCGCUUCAGCCCCUUGGACGACUGCAGCGUCUAUUACCAGGGCUGCCACCUCAACGGGAAGAGCACCCACUACCACUGCAUGCAGGUGGGAUGUAACAAGGUGUACACCAGCACGUCCGACGUGAUGACCCACGAGAACUUCCACAAGAAGAACACCCAGCUCAUCAACGACGGCUUCCAGCGCUUCCGGGCCACGGAGGACUGCGGCACAGCUGACUGCCAGUUCUACGGACAGAAGACCACGCACUUCCACUGCAGGCGCCCCGGCUGCACGUUCACCUUCAAGAACAAGUGCGACAUUGAGAAGCACAAGAGCUACCACAUCAAGGACGACGCCUAUGCCAAGGACGGCUUCAAGAAGUUCUACAAGUACGAGGAGUGCAAGUACGAGGGCUGCGUGUACAGCAAGGCCACCAACCACUUCCACUGCAUCCGCGCCGGCUGCGGCUUCACCUUCACCUCCACCAGCCAGAUGACCUCGCACAAGCGCAAGCAUGAACGCCGGCACAUCCGGGCCUCGGGCGUGCUGGGGCUGCCCCCAUCACUGCUGGGCACCAAGGACACAGAGCAGGAGGAGUCCAGCAACGACGACCUCAUUGACUUCUCUGCCUUGAGCAGCAAGAACUCCAGCCUGAGCGCCUCCCCCACCAGCCAGCAGUCCUCCGCCUCCCUGGCUGCCGCGGCCACCACAGAGGCAGUGCCCAGUGCUGCCACCAAACCUCCCAACAGCAAAAUGUCUGGGCUGCUGUCACAGGGCCUGCCUGGCUCCAUCCCUCUGGCCCUGGCCCUCUCCAACUCGGGCCUCCCCACCUCUGCACCCUUCUUUCCACUCCUUCCUGGCCGUGGGAGCACCUCCCUACCUGUGGCUGCAUCUGGCCUCAUGGGUGCCAUGUCCUCUGGGGCUGCCGCCUCGGUCACUCCUGACACACCCGCACUGGCUAGUUCAGGAGCUGGUGACGCUGCCCCGGCGACCACUGCCUCCGUCCCAGCACCCCCCGCCUCCAUCAUGGAGAGGAUCUCCGCCAGCAAGGGCCUCAUCUCGCCCAUGAUGGCCAGACUAGCCGCGGCCGCUCUCAAGCCCCCCGCCACCUUUGACCCAGGAAACGGACAGCAGGCCACCCCCGCCAGGUUCCCCCCAGCCCAGGUGAAGCAGGAAUCCGGUGAGAGUGCUGGUGUCCCGGGCCCCCAUGACGCCUCCCAAGACCUGACUGUGAAGGAGCCCAGUAAUGAAUCAAAUGGCCAUGCAGUCCCGGCAAAUUCAUCUCUUUUAUCCUCGCUUAUGAAUAAGAUGUCUCAGGGCAAUCCCAGCCUGGGCAGCCUGCUGAACACCAAGACAGAGGCCGAGGGCAGCCCUGCCACAGAGGCCUCGCCCUUCCUGGGCAGGGCCGUGAAGGCCCUGGUCCAUGAGCAGCUGGCAGAGCCCUGGAAGGUGUACCUGCGCAGGUUUGGCACCAAGGACUUCUGCAACGCGCAGUGUGACUUCCUGCACAAGGCCCACUUCCACUGUGUGGUGGAGGAGUGCGGUGCCCUGUUCAGCACCCUGGACGGGGCCAUCAAGCACGCCAAUUUCCACUUCCGGACAGAGGGAGGAGCUGUGAAAGGAAACCCGGAGCCUGCCUUCCCCACCUCAGCCACUGAGGCCAAACCCUGCCUGGCCCCCUCGUCCCCGCCAGCACCUCCCGUGAGCACGGCCACGGCGCCCUCCCUGGAGGGACCAGCCCCCAGCCCGGCCUCUGUGCCCUCCACCCCCACUCUCCUCGCCUGGAAGCAGCUGGCUUCCACCAUCCCCCAGAUGCCUCAGAUCCCAGCAUCAGUGCCUCACCUGCCCGCUUCACCCAUGGCAACGACUUCUCUAGAAAACGCCAAGCCCCAGGUCAAACCCGGAUUCCUCCAGUUCCAGGAGAAGUGA